AAGCUUCGUUUUCCUCUUCUGGAUAAGGCUCUGAAGCUUCACCACAUCACAGGUUCACGAUUCCCCUCUGUAUCCCUGCAACAGCUCCCAUUCAUCCCUUCCGGCAGGCCGCAUACGCCCCUCGUUAGCUCCGGCAGCCAAUCGACGGCCUAAGCCCGGCCUCCUUCACUAGCGUCUCCAUCCUAGCAUGCGCUCGCCCAGGUCGCGAGGACCUCCUCCACGGAGGUGCUGUGUCGCCAUGAGCUUGCGGCCUCUACCGAGCCGCCGCGGCACGAGGAGCCGCCACCGACCGCAAGCUUGCAGCCUCCACGAAGUCGAGGCCGCACCAGGAGCUCGCCCCAAAUUGCGACCUUGCAGCCUCCGUGGAGUCGCUGCUGCAGCUCGCCCCAAAUCGCGAGCUUGCAGCCUCCACGAAGUCUCCGCCGCACCAGGAGCGCACCCAAAAUUGGGACUUUGCUUCCUCCAAGUCCGCUCCAGCCUCCAGGAGCUCGCGCCAAGAGUACAUAGGCUUCAGGAACUCAAGCUUAUGGGAGGAAGAGCAGGUGCACACACAGAGCGAUUCCAGAGAGCGAUUCCAGCGGCCACUCGAGCAAGAAAUGUGUGUAUCCAAGAUUGGAGGUUCCACCAACUACUUCUCCAGAAAAGACAUGUGCUGCCUUUGGUGCAAUGCCAGCGUGAUCUGCUGCAUCUAUGUCCAUUGCAUCCAAUGGACAAAUUUUCCGCUGAGAUGGGAUCAGGUGGAUCAUAUCUGGCCGGUAAAAGAUAUGAUUGUGCUCUGCCACAAAGUCAUGUAUUUGAUAUUUGUUAGUUCCCCUGUUCAAAAUAAUUCCCAUCCGUGCAUUACAUCCUGUUCUUGUUUCAGCUCGCGAAGACUUGUAUUGAUCCUCGCGUUUAUCUCUUGAUCGAUGACCUUCUUUUCCACACAAGAAUCUUGUUGAUGUCACCACUCCAUUCUUAUUUUUAUUACUAUAGUGUUUUCUAGCAUCAAAUCCAGUUUUGCCUGCAUAAGAAACCCAGAAAUUCCAUGCUUCAUCUGGUGUACUAAAUUCCAUACCUAGCCUGGGAGUCCAACUUGCAGCAUGUUCAUCCCUGUUGUUUGGUUCCACGUUGAGAUUUUCGCUGAGAUGUCCAUUGUUGCAUUCUGGCUGCAUUAGUGAAUGCCACCAAUACCAGCAGAGAAGAGAAGUAUAUAGAUCUGGAGUUUUGAUGAAGAAUACAGAUCUGGAGGUUUUGAGGAGUACAGAUCGUGAAAAGGAAGAUGACUAUGGAUGUGCUAGUUUUGGUGGGAAACAACAAUGCGUGGUGUGGUUUUGGUGGGAAAAAUGGGGCGACUAGUUAUUUUUGGAGGGAACCAUGAAAAGGAAAAAAAAACUUCCCUCCAAAUUAGUAGAUAAAUCAUAGGUUGUUACCCUCGCACCACCGCCGACUCCGAUGGCGGGGUGCCUGGCCUACCACCGUCGUAGGCACCGUGGAGGAGCGGCUGACCAUCCGCUGAAGCCGCGGCCUUCAAAUUGAAGGCGGAUAUUUGGAGGGUAAGAAAGGACUAAGCAAUUGGGAUGUGUUCACUCAUAAGCAAGGUACAAUUGAGGAUGGAAGCAAUGGUGAUAUUUCUGCUGAUCACUACCAUCGUUACAUGGAGGACAUCGAGCUGAUGCAUUCCUUGGGUGUCAACUCAUAUCGAUUCUCCAUAGCGUGGACAAGAAUUCUACCAAGAGGCCGAUUCGGAGAUAUAAAUCCAGACGGUGUGGCAUUCUACAAUCAAAUUAUUGAUGCUCUUUUGCAAAAAGGCAUUCAACCAUUUGUUACAAUAUUUCAUUAUGACAUUCCACAUGAACUUGAAGAGCGAUAUGGUGGAUGGCUGAGUCCAGCAAUCCAGGAGGACUUUGGUUACUUUGCAGAAGUAUGCUUCAAGAUGUUCGGUGACCGAGUAAAAUUCUGGGUUACAAUGAAUCAGCCUAACUUACUGGCAAAAUUCGCUUAUAUGGAUGGAUGGUUCCCGCCUAGUCAUUGUUCGAAGCCAUUUGGGAAUUGUGCCUUUGGAAAUUCUUCAAAAGAGCCGUACAUAGCCGCUCACAAUAUGAUUCUUUCACAUGCAAAUGCUGUCAGCAUUUACAGAAAUAACUAUCAGAAGAAACAAGGUGGAUAUAUUGGAAUUUCUGUCGGCGCGAGAUGGUAUGAACCAUUGCGAAAUACCACGAUUGACCUACUAGCAGUUGAGCGGGCUAUAUCUUUCAAUGUUCCAUGGUUUCUAGACCCUAUGAUUCUUGGUGACUAUCCUCCAGAGAUGCACGAAAUUUUGGGUCCAAACCUACCUGAGUUCACCAUAAAGCAGCGGAAGAAACUACGUGAAACAAAAUUGGACUUCAUUGGACUAAAUCAUUACUCAACAUAUUAUGUGAAAGACUGCAUCUUUUCUUCAUGUGCACUGGAUCCUAUCGAUGGGGAUGCGCUAGCGGUUAGUUCUGUAGAAAGAGAUGGGGUGCUUAUAGGGAAAGAGGUAAUUAUAAGACUGACAGGAGCGCCAUUCUUUUAUGAUGUUCCACGUGGGAUGGAAGAGGUGGUUAUGUACUACAAACAAAGAUACAACAAUACAACAAUAUAUAUCACAGAAAAUGGUUAUGCUCAAGCAAGCAAUAGCAGCAUGAGUGCUAAUUAUUUCACCAGUGACACGGGAAGAAUUGAUUAUAUGAGUGGCUACCUCAAAUUUUUAGCCUCAGCCAUAAGGAAAGGAGCUGAUGUACGCGGUUACUUUGUAUGGUCCCUUCUCGAUGACUUCGAGUGGACGUCUGGAUACACGGACAGAUUCGGGAUAUACCAUGUCGACUUCAAGACACUGCAAAGGACGCCAAAAUUAUCAGCUGAAUGGUACAGGAAGUUCCUCAAGGGUUCACUUCUGAGAAGAGAAUUCCAAAAUGGAUCUGAACCGCAGCAGUAUACUUCUUGAGGCAAUGAUCCUCGUGCCUGAUUACUAUGUAAAACAUGAUGCUUGGCGGACUUCUCAAGUAUUACUCUCUUGUUUAUCAGCACAAAUUUUCGAACGGAUGUAUCCAAGUCAAAAUCUCCCAAGAUUCAGCUUUGUACAUUUACUUUGAACUUUA